AUUAAGAAAUUCAUAAGAUUCUUGCAGAUAUCCCAUAAGAUUGCUAUAGAAAUCCUAUAUAAGAUUUGGUCUCUAGGAUAUAAUAUGCAGUUCAUUAAGGAACUAGAUCGAGUCGUGACAUAAUUUAUGUGAAUCUGAAUUGUUUUAAACUCUUAAAAUAUUUUUAAUUAAUGUCUCUUAUCAAACGAUAGUCUAAAGUUUCUUCUUUUGAAUACGGACGGAACAUUCUGAACUCUCUAGCAUUUUUAUUUCUCAAGAUUUUCAAAAGGAUAACCGAGAGUCUUCGCUUUUUAUCUGAUUACAGUAGCAAGGGUGUUCAUCAAAAAUUAAACGUAUUUACCUAUUUUUUUACACAGAUUUACACUUAGUCUCGUAAAAAUGUCUGAUUUAAUGAGUAAAACACAGACAGUAUCCGAUUUUGUCUUCAGUAGUUGGAUAUAGAAAGAUCAAAACUAUCUUAAAAAAUGAAUUACCGUUUGUACAGCUCCAAUAAUUCAACUUUCAUCAUCUGUGUGAUUUGAAGUCUAAAAUAUGUUCCUCUUGUUCAAUAAUUAAAAUAUAUUUCUAGAUGAUUUGGUAUUGAAUAUCGCACUCUAGAAGAUCAGUUCUGUAGAUCAGUAAUUUUUGAAUGUUUUUUAACACUAGGACGCCCGGAAAUUUUCAUGACCUAGAACGCCUAAAGCGGCGGUCAUUUUAACCAUUACUGUUUUUUUUAAAAAUUUUAUACUUAAAAAUGGUUCUAAAUUCAAAAAUGAAUUAAAAAUUCUGCAAAAAAUAAUUUUUCUGGGACAAAUUAAAAGUUAUAAUAUAAUUUAUUUUUAAAUAAAUUUUAUGUAGUUUGUUUUAUUAAUGAUAACAAGUCACAAAACGGUCCAAAUAAUCGCUACGGGCGUUCUAGUGUUAAUAUAUAAUUAUGUGUAACUUCCUUAAAUUCGACUAUUCUUCUCAUUUUAAUGGUAAAUAACUAACUUUUGCCUUUAUCAUUCUUCAGUUUAGAACUCCUCUUUUUUACCCUAUAUAACAUGUUUUUGUUCACUAUUUUAGAUGUUACCGAUAUUCAGUUUGAUAAGCGUCAAUAUAAUUCCACUGUUGCUUAUCAACAAUCAAAACAAGCUGAUAGAAUGUUAUCGUAUGCAGCUGCUCAAGAAUAUAAACAAGAUGGUAUUAGUGUUUAUGCAUGUCAUCCCGGUGUUGUUACAUCAAAUUUACUUCAAUCAUUAGGAAUGUCAAAAGGAUAUGAAUCAGCUGAACAAGGUGCACAAACACCUGUAUUCUUGGCAACAAAUAUGAACAUAGUAAAACCAGAAUUAACAGGUACUUAUUGGAAUUCAUGUAAACAAACAAAUUGUCAAUUUUCAAAACAGACGAAUGAUAUUAAAGAAUUGUGGAAAUUAUGUCAAAAUAUCGAACAAAAAUUAGAAACUAUAUCAAAAGAUAAUGAGCUAUGA